AUGGAAUACAUGGGCAACAGCUACUUUGUGCUAAAGAACCAAGUCAUCAAAGCUGAAAGGAGAAUGCUGAAGGUUAGUGGUUGUCAUCGUUGCCAUGAUAAAGCCCUGUUGCUAAGGAAAACUGCCAACGCAGUGUCGUAUGUAUGACUGGCUGUACACCCUUUUAGUGUAAACAAUGUGAAAUGUCUCACGUGCCCAAGCAUACAAAACAUGGAGCCUAUUGACAGGUGAUACGUGUUACAGCCCUGCGGUAAAACUGCUCUUCUGUUAAGAGAGUCCACGGCAACUGUUAUAUGAUAGCUCAAUGUUAAGAAAUUGUUUCUUUUUUCAGGAACUUGGCUUUUGCGUCCAUGUCAAGCACCCUCACAAGGUACGAGUGUGGUUACCUUUUGUGAUGCAUAUUUUGCUUUCUUGUCAACCCUUUGACCCUUUAAGCCACCCCCAAGAUCUACAUACAAAUUCUCCAGACUGGUCUCCAUACAUUUCUUUUAAGAAUAGUUGAGAGAAUGUGGUUUAAGAUCAAAGCAUUCUCUCUUUGGUAAUCAAUUUAGCAAUUCUCAUAACCUUUUACUCUUGAUGAUCUGUUAAUAUUGUUAGGAGAAAAUUGAUGUUGGUCAAUCUUCGGACCUACAGGGUUAACUCCUAAUGGUGACUAAAGGGAGAAUUUUGUUUUGUUAACUCCUCCUACAAAAUGCAAAAGUUCUGCCAGAGGUUUUAUGCACCAUAAGAUUUCAUCCUCAGAUUUAAAAGAUGGAUAGCUUGCUAGCAAGCAAUCCAGGGCAGUCUGGCAGCAGCGCUGUAAAAGGAAGGAGAGCUUGCAACUACCUUCAAUUCCCCUGUGGCUCUCCAUUGACUGAGCUGUCAGAUUUUCGCUAAUCAGUACAAAGCAGAAAUAAGCGCAAAAGUCAACAAACAUUAAAAAACACAUGCCAAGGGUAAUGACAUCAUAACCAAUGUCAUCUCCUCUAAUCAGCUUUUUCAAUUAUGCAGAUAUGUAAAUUACUGAGAUGUAGUUGUAAGCUCUCCUUCCAGAGGACAGACAGGGAGCAGUAUACAAGAUCAAAUGCUGCGACUGCCAGGCUUUCAUUGGUGAAACCGGCAGAAACCUAAGCACGUGACUGACCGAACACAAACGAGCUACGAAGAAUGGUGACGUGAACAAUCACAUUGCUGAGCACCAUUUAAUGACGAAACAUCAAAUUGACUGGGACUCUGCGACAUGUAUAACGUAUUCUACAGACUACUAUCAACGUCUUACUUUAGAAAGGUGGUUUACUAACUUAGAACAAACGCCACUGAAUCGUAGCCAACAGUUACCAGCGCCGUACACACAACUUAUUGAUGAGAUCAAGCAAAACUAACUACGAGAGAAUGACAAUUUGACUAACAAUAGAUGACUGUUUAACUGUGACAAUAGACGGAUCGAAACGCACCAAUUACUGAUUACGAGUCUUCAUAACCAAUAACAUCACAGCUUAACUGACAGACGACCAAUAACAUUACGACGUAAUUGACCAAUCAAAUCAACAACCAGAGUAUAACACCAUCAACUGAUGUGAUACAACUCACUUUGACUCUGAAGAUGACUACUGCGCAGGUUGUCAAAACGUCAGUCACUGUCAACAAAAACGGUCCUAUUCAGGAUUACGUUCACCCGGAUGAUCAAACUCAACCUACUUUUGACUAUUAUUUGUUAUCAUCAUCAUCAAUGUAUUAAGUUCAAAAAUACUUGAAGACAAGUUAUUUUUUACAUCAUAGUAAAAUCGCUUUGCAGAGCACAAAAUUUAAAUUCAAAAACAUGCUUUUCCAUUUGUCUGCAGAUCAUUAUCAUGUACCUUCAAAUUCUUGAAAGUCAAACCAACACGCUUUUGGCUCAGCAAGCCUGGUAUGUACUAAAACAACAUUUGUUGUACUUUACUAAUCUGUUGAACAAAUGAUGGCAACCUUCAUUUCCUCUGGAAUUAAAGGUUGUAACUCUGUCGGUAAACAAAUAAUUACAAUUUACAGUUUUUACAAUUGAAUAGCUGUCAUUCUUUGUCAUUAUUAUGCCCACUAUAUCAACUCAGCCGAUCAAACAAACUCUUUCUCCUUCCCUUUGUUGUUUUAAUCUCUUGUCAUUGUAUUUUAUGCCUUUCAUCGGUGGCCUGGGCUGGAAAUCUACAUUAUCUUUGUCCUCUCCGUUAACUGUGAGAGUGCUAGUCCUUAUCAACAUUCAAGAUUUUUAAUGGGGUCUUCUUCUUUUGCAAUUGUAGGAAUUUCAUGAAUGAUAGUUUUAGGACAAACAUUUUUGUACGCUACCCUCCAGAGACAAUAGCCUGUACAUGCAUUUUCCUCUCUGCAAGGCAGCUUGGGGUAUGUAUCAGAAUUGAUUAUCAGGUAUAAGUUAAAAAUUAUAAGCAUCACUGCUGUGAUUUGCUGUUUUGUUACAAAUAAUUAAAUUUAUAAUGUUGAAAUGGAUUAAGGCAAUUAAGGAGUAAUGUUUUAAGGUGCUAGAAUAUGACCAUCUGUACCGUUUAUGGCAGGUUUUCAAAAAGAAAAGGGGAAGCAAAUAGACCUUUUUAGCUUUUACGUUUUGUUUUCCCAUUUCAGAGCACAUGAUGGUACCCCACGUGCAUCCAUGUGCAUAUGUAUGCAUAAUAUAUGAAAUGACAAAAGAGAACAAUCACAUGGUCUGAAUUGGGAAAACAAAACGUACCAGCUAAAUAGGUCUAUUCUGGGAAUUCUGCAUUUGUAGCACGCCCAAAAAUCCCCUUCCUCUUCUCUUUUAAAUGCCCGCCACGCAGGCUAGACCAUCCAUGCCAGUUUAGUUCUGUUGUUAACAGUGACCUAUUGAGGACUACUCUGGCCUGGGCAGGCAUAUUAAUUUUCACUUACUCAAGUACAAUCAAACCUGUAUUAAGCAGACCUCUAUUAAGUGGUCACUUACCAAAGUCCCAGAAACCAUUUCCCUUAAUUACGGCAAAACUGACCCAUAUUAUGCCAUUACCUUUAUUAAGUGGUCGUGGUCACCUUUUCCUAGGUCCCAACAAAUUAUGUUGUAUUGUCUUCACCUCUAUAGACCUUUGUCAAGCGGCAUCCAUUGCUGUGCAUAAACAAAGCUUUUUCAAUCUCCUGAGACAACACAGCCACUGUGUGACAAAGGUCUAUUAAACGGUCACUUUAAGAAGAUGUACCAUAACAGUGCAUAACUGUGUAUGGCAUCAAGUGGUCUUAACUUUUUUUCUCUUGUUCCAAGAAGAGGUGGAAAAAGUAAUGGUCAAUUUGUCCUGGGAUAGAUAUUUCACCCUUUGACUACCUUCAUUUUCUAUAAUAUUUCUCACGUUUGUCAAACCUGUAUUAAACAGUCAACCUGUAUUAAGCAGUCAGUAAGCCAUUCCCAAAGGGUUACCACUUAAUACAGGUUUAACUGUAAUUGUGACUACAGUUACAAAACUUGGGGACUUGGCUUUGCAUCAAAAAAGUACAAUAUUACAUAUUUUAUUUAAGUCUUGCUCAACCGUAAUAUCGACAACACUGAUCGAGUAUUACGGUAGAAGUUUUGUUAUUGAAACAAAUUGACCUGCAUGUAUUAACAAUGUGGAACCUUGAUGCUAACUCAGUUUCCGUUGUAGAUUUGCUUACCCACAAGACCGCCAUGGUGGGAGUUGUUUGGGGCCAAAAUAGAAGAUCUUGAGGUAUGUUGUUUUGACAAUCAUUUAUGAAUUACAUGCACUGUUAGAUGUUACAUUGUAAGUAUUGUACACCAAAAACCUUUUUCUUUAUUUCUAAAAAACAACUAAUGCUCUUCAAAAGCAUAGCCAUUAGUGGUGUUGAGUUUUUGUCCAGACUAAAAAAUAAGCAUAAUUUUACAUUUUAAUAUCUCUGAGAGUACUGCUGAGAGUAAAAAGUUGAGGUGUUUGAGAGUUCCAAGCCUCAAUUUGUUCACAAAUUCGUUUUCCUGAUACAACACUGACGAUAACAAACCGAUGUGUGAAUUAUUUCCUUUUAAGACCUCGAUAUCUGUCUGUUGUCAUGAUCAUGUCUUCAAGUUAAAUUUCUUAAUUGUUUCAAUAGUUAUCACAUUUUGUCUCUGGAGAAUCUGAAUGUAUGCUUUAUGUUAUCUUAGGGUGCUUUCCAUUUGUCAGAGCUGACUGGCCAGACCGUUUCAGUCAUAACAAGAAUUUCACUUUUAAUCAAAACUAUCCAGUCAGAUCAGUCAGAUCCCAAAUAGCGUGCACAAAGGAAAUGGUGUUCAACAAAAACUCUUGGAAAAAAGCAUGUUUCAUUGUCAAAAUGACUUGUCUAGCUAUGGUACCGUCAGCCAGUUCUGACUUUUGGAAGGUGUCCUCAGUAAAAAAUUAGUUCAUGUACUUUUCUGCGUUAAUUGAGUAAACAACAACUUUGUUUUGUUCUACCUGAUUUUUUCACAGGAAAUUAGCCUGACGCUGUUAAGUUUGUACCUGAGACCAAAGGUGAAUAUUUAGUUGAACUCUACUGUUUUCGUUCGAAAUUAAGGUACACUUUUCUCAAGUCAAUGCCACUUCGGUUCUGUGGAAUUCACUUUGUUUAGAUUUAGUUGCUACUGAGAAAAAAUCCAAAUAAAUUAAUCUAUUGUUAGCCUCCCAGUUCGGUUUAAUGAAGCAGGACUGUUAGUUUUCCUUAUUAGUCCUGUAGAGGUUUAUCUGUAACUUCGUGAGUACAGUCGAACCUCCACUAACGGCCACCUCUCUACAAUUGCCACUUCCUUCUGUCUCCAAGGUGGCCAUUGUAGAGAGGUUGAACUGUAAUCAUUUGUUGUCGGCUGGGAUGGAAAUUACUUUGUUCUUUUAAAUAAUAUUCCUGAUCAGAGAACCCGCUUUUAGGCUGUUUCAAAAGAAUGCUGUUUUUAAAACUAUUUUGCAGUUCUGCAAGAACCUUAAACCAUUACAUUCUGAAAGCGUCCAGAAUCUAAAAUUUCUCUUCAACAUUACACCACUUCCUAUUCAAACAUUUAUAGAAGGAUCAUAAAGGAGGUGACCAUCCAAGAUAAAAUGCCCUUAUUGUUGAGUGAAUUCCAUUCCUCAGCUAAACAGCAUCGAGAGGAAAGGUCUCUUGCCUUGAGACAUUCAGGGGUAAACUGGGAAUAAAUAUGUCAAAUUUGUGAAUGCUUUUCCAGUGUUGUGUGUCAACCAAUCAUAUGUCUUGAAGUUGCAAGGUAAUGUAUAAGUGAAUUGAAAUUUUUAAAUUGUAAUGGACAAUCUUUAGGAAUUCCUUGAUUAGUUUAUCUUCAAAUUCUCGCAUAUGAAUCAUAGGUUUUUGAUUGAUUUUUGUUUUUGUUUUUCUGAGGGCCAUGUGUAGAUUAUAGAGAUAUUAAGUGCUACCCUCAAUAAAAAUUGUUAUUAGUGGUAGUGGUAGUGGUAGUGGUAGUGGUAGUAAUGCAUCAGUUUUUUUUAUCACAGGCCAACCUAGACACCCUACAGAAAUCUGUUGGAGAAAUUCGCAAAGAAUUGGAGCAGAAAAAGAAAGAAACUAAACAAGAUGGUGCUGGCACCGUUGGUAACUGCACUCCUAACCUGUCUCCUGUAGGGGUAACUACAACAACUGCGAGGGACGACUCCCGGUCAGGUAUGUACUGUCAUCUACUUCAUUAAAACUGGAUACUUUUUUGACGAUUCACGGGGCAUUGUCACAGCCACGCGUUCUUUGUGUCGUCACGCAAUGCUCCUCUUGUGGGGAGGAACAUUGCGUGACGGCACAAAGAACGGCUGUGUUGCAGACUAAUUGUCACAGGGAUUCUCUCAAUCUUUUAGGAGUGAUCAGGAUCAAAAUUCUUCUUGUGAUAUCAGUGUUUUAUAGAACACUUAGGGUGGCGAGAAUUAAUGACUUGAUCACAUAAAGUGAAUCUAGUUGAUUCUUGGACACCCCCUACUACUUUAUAUGAAACUUGUAGGGACAGCAAAUAAAAAUUUGAAUUAUGAUAGUAGUGUUUGAUGGACAUAGGCCAUGUUAGAGUUGCCCAAGCCUUUGCUGAAAACUCGGAAGUGGCUUUUUUGUCAUUGUUCACUCCCAGUUAAUUGGCUUUUUUGCUCAUUGAUAAAAGCACUGCACCUGUGUCGCAGAGGUCCUACGUCCAAGUGGGUCAUGGGUUUUCGCUACUGCUUUAGUUUUGUUCAUAACUGCGGUGACCUUUCACGUCUUAAACCUCCCUCCUGCUGUUCAAUUAUGUAAAAUUCAUAUAUUAUUCACUUUUAUGACAGCUAAUGCAGAAAGUCAAGGGGACCUAUCAGAUCUUGUAGCAAAUACAUGUGGCCUGAUCUAUGGGAUAAGUUGUACAAUUUUGGAUCGUGGCAGUUGUGACAUAAGAUUUUUAACCUUACAGCCACUUUCCUUGUAGCCCGCGUUGCAGGCGUCGAAAGGGGUAGGGGAUUGGGAGAAAGAGAAAAGGAAGGAGGAUUUGGGAGAGGGUGAUCCUUUUUCCCUUUCGCGCUUUUCUCCAUCUUCCACUUUCCCUCCCCUUCCCUAUUUGCGCCCGCUGCGCAGGCUACCACCCACCCUAAAUCAAUUACUUUUAACGUCAAAUCAGGUUCGAGGCCUUCUUCACCAAGUAAAGUGUCGCCAUCAUCUGCUACAAACCAGGCUGACGGGAAAAGGAAGAAAAGUUCCUCUAAGGUGGACGAGGAUAGGAGGACGAGAGAACGGUAAAUAAACUUUGUUUUUCUCUAAUUAUGAUGCAAGCAUUAUUAACCCUUAUGCCCGUGAUGUUAUUGUUUCCCUUCAGCUGGGGCCAAUUCAUUGUAGCCGUGUAAACUAGCAACUGGAUUUACGUUUUCUUGCGUUGUUUCGUUAUUGUCAAGUGGUUGACAUGACAUGACAUGUUCUCUAUGCUGUCUUUUGUACAUUCCUUUUAGUUUUAAUCAGGAGAAUUUGUUUAAAUAGCGUUACAUUAUUUUAUUUUCAUGCCCUUUAUUUGAUCAGCACUGAUCUUUUUACGCGGCCGAGAAAUUAGAUAAUGGAGGCGCUUUAAGACUGUGGAGCUUUCGACUCGUCGUUGUCUGGUUAUGGAUUUGCAUGUUUAGAGUACGUUUUUAAUUUAUUUCUGCUUAAUCUGCAGGGAAAGGCGCCGCAGUCAUUCCCCGGUCAAUCGCCGCUCUCGGAGCCGUUCGGAAAGUCCAACACGUAGUCGCUCUCGUAGCCGUUCGAGAAGUUACAGCAUAUCAAUCAGUCCCGAUAAUCCCAGUAGGAGUGACUCUUACAGCAGCGACGAAAGCCCAGAGAGGCAAAAAGUGACUGGGAAGAGUAAACGACCACGGAGCCCUGCCCGAGGAAGGGACGACGAAAAACGCUCUCGGCCUCGGAAGUACGACGGAGAGUACGUUCGGAAAAAGGGGAGAACCGACGGAAGUGUGAACAGUUAUAAAAAGGACAAAGUGCGGGAACGAAGUAGGUCGCCGUUGUCUCGGAGCCGGAGUAGAUCUCGGAGCAGAAGCCGAAGCCCGACAAGACUCAAACGGCAUCGUGGAAAAUACGAGCGGGAAACGAAGAAACGAGACGACAGACAUCGCGAUAGGAAUGGAGUGGACUAUCGGUCGUCCAGGGACAAGGGACGUGAUCACGGAAGGCACCGAAGAUAA